AUGCAAUCGGCCGACUUUCCCGAUUUUCCGCACCCCCAGGCAGAUCUCGUGAUGAAGGUCUUUGCUCUCAUCUCCGCCAUUGUGGCGGCGGCCCCCGCCGCCUACGCCCAGCACAAGGGUGUUCCUUUUGGGUUUGCCAACACCGUCACUGGCGGCGGCAGCGCCACUCCCAGCUACCCUACCACCAACGCACAAUGGAUACUGACAGAGAUGACAGAGGGCAGCACGACCACCAACUGCUGCAGCGACAACCGCACUACCAAGUGCCCUGGCGGUAGCUCCGCGGGUCAGCUCUGGAUCCAGAGCACCUGUGAUAGCGGCACUUGGCAGAGCUGCACCUACUGGAAUGCUCCGAGGACCCCUCUCAAGGUUGCCAGCAACAAGUCCAUCGUUGGUGUUGGCACCAAGGGUGUUAUUCGAGGCAAGGGCCUCAGGUUGAACGGUGGCGUCAGCAAUGUCAUUAUUCAGAACAUUCAUAUCACUGAGCUCAACCCUCAAUUCGUCUGGGGUGGUGAUGCCAUCACCCUCGACGGCUCGGACAACGUCUGGAUCGAUAACAACAAGUUCUCCUUGAUCGGUCGCCAGAUGAUCGUCUCCGGCUGGGGUACUGGCGGUAGGGUCACCAUUUCUGACAACGAGUUUGACGGCAAGACGUCAUGGUCCGCCGGAUGCAACGGCAAGCACUACUGGACCAUGCUCCUCAUCGGCCUCAAGGACUACUAUACGAUUGCUGGUAACUGGAUUCACGACGUCUCCGGCCGCGCUCCUCACAUUGGCACCGACUACACCUCCUCUCAGAUCGUCGUCCACGCCGUCAACAACUAUUUCCAAAACGUUGACGGCCACGCCUUUGACGUCGACACCAACACUUGGAUGCUCAUUGAGGGAAACUACUUCGAGAACGUCUAUUUCAUUCAGACCGUCGCCGACGCCUCCAACGCCGCCAGCCCGCUUGGGUACAUUCCCGAGUGGAACAGGCUCUCCGGCUCCGGUGCCGUUAACAGCAUUGUCAGCCAGAAUGCCCUUAGCAAGCUCGGAGCAUACAAGAGCAACAUCAUGUGGUCUCACUGGGCCGUUGCUAAUGUUCCCGCCAACGUAAAGGCCAUCGCUGGCGUCGGAAAAUAA